GUUUACGGGGAGAGAAAUAGACGUGAUCAUAGGGGUACACUCCAACACACGGUUGAGCGGUGUAGCCAGUAAUAUAGUGUUCCUUUAGCGUUAGGCUGGGCCUUACAAUUUCAUUUCGGUCGGAUUAUCUCGGCUAAAGGGAAAAGUCACCUGCUUAGGGAAUUAGACUGCGAUAGAAGAUCAUACUGUGGAGGAAACAUUUAUUUUUUAGGCGAUAAAAAUGAAAGGGAAGAAAAACUUGACAAAUUCAUAGAGCGUUCGGUUGUUUUCCAACUGCACUGCUCUCGUGGAUUAGCGCGGAUUAGCGAGGUUAUUAAGUGGUUGAUUAAUGGUGCUCCAAUCAAGAACACUUGACGAGGUUUUGAAAUGAUUGGAACACAAUGGGUGUAUUUUUUCAUGCAUUGUCGAAAUAUUAUGACAUUACCUGAAGACCGAUUGAAGGAUAUCGCUGGCUUAACAAGAUUAUCAACAGAUUAACACAAGGAUUAACUAUUUGGCGAGAACAUAUCCGUGAUUUUACCGACAUGUCGUGUGAGAGUACGUGGAUUGUGUGAUUUCCCUGUUAAAGGAAUCGGUAAAGUUCCGAUUAUCUGUUCUUAAAAGGAUCAAGUCAAAAGAUAUAUGACACAAGUCAGCAAUUGUCACUGACGAUAUCCUGUUUUAAACAUGUGAGGAGAGUUAUCAGAAAUCGGUUUUCAUCAGUAGGAAUUAAUGAAAAAAUUGUUCUUUUGCAAAAUUUAUGUUUAUCUCACCUCUGAGGUGCAGGAGAAAUCCAUGUGAUAUGCGAAAAUGGCGCGAAAAUGUGCAUUAUGGACACUAACGGUUCGGAUAUUCCUACAUAUACUUCUGUUUCCUCUUCUGGUGUCAGGGAUAGGUGACAUAUGGUGGAGCUUAGGAUUAUCAUCGAGACUAAAUGUAUUCAGGAAUCCUAAUUUAUACUUGAUUGGUACACAACCAAUGUGUACCCAAUUAAAAGGACUCUCCCCCGGGCAAGUGCGCCUGUGUCAGCUUUUCACGGACCACAUGCCCGCUGUGGGCCGAGGGGCGCAGCUCGGAAUUUUAGAGUGUCAGCAUCAAUUUGCUAAUAGACGUUGGAACUGUUCCACAAUAGAGGGAGAUUCCUCAGUGUUUGGUCCAGUCUUAAAUGUUGCGAGCAGAGAAGCUGCUUUCACUCAUGCAAUAUCAUCUGCUGGUGUCAUCCAUUCCGUCAGUCGCUCAUGUAAAGAGGGCGAGCUGAGCAAAUGUGGGUGCAGCAAAGCAGGGCGACCAAAAGACAUGGCGCGAGACUGGAUCUGGGGUGGGUGCGGGGAUAAUAUAGAGUACGGGUACAGAUUUGCCAAAUACUUCGUGGAUACACGAGAAAGAGACAAGAACCACAGGCGAGGCUCCAGGGAACUCGGGCGAAUGUUAAUGAAUCUCCAUAACAACGAAGCAGGACUUCGGGCGGUGUAUAAUUACGCUAUGGUGGCCUGUAAGUGUCAUGGAGUUUCCGGCUCGUGCAGUUUAAGGACGUGUUGGCAGCAGUUACCUGCCUUCCGAGAUGUGGGGGAUAGGCUGAAGGAGCGCUAUGAUGGCGCCGUGGAGGUCAGAUUCAACAAACGGGGAACAAAACUCAUUCGUAGGAACAAGAAAUUCAAUAAACCCACGUCGGAGGACCUUGUGUACUUUGAGAAUUCCCCAGACUACUGUAACGCCAACCCAGAAACAGGGUCACGUGGUACAGUAGGGAGGGAGUGUAGUAAAACGUCUAGCGGAAUGGACGGUUGUAAUCUUCUGUGCUGUGGGCGCGGAUAUAACACUUUUAAACGGAAAGUGGUUGAACGAUGCAAGUGUAAAUUUAAGUGGUGUUGUUAUGUUGAGUGCCAGACAUGUGAACGAAUUGAAGAUGUGUAUAUCUGCAAGUGAACGAGGAACUAUUAUAUUUCUCGGAAUGGGAUAAAUCUCCUUUGCCGUUAAGUGAGGUCAGACCUUGCGUAAGCAAAUACUUGCCACCCCAUUACGGAGAUAGAAACUUCUCUGUGAAAUAACGCUUUUUUAUUCCGCCCAUUUAUAAAGUGCUAAUACGACUUUAUCAAUGAGAUAUGAUGGGAUAUACUGUGAAACAGAGGAGAAAAAAAAUCACUGACUCGUGGUUCAUAGUGCAAACUGUUUCGUGCAUUUGAAAAAUGUGUCGAGCACUCCGAUUGGCUGCCAGAACAUUUGUUACUGCUGUAGUUGACCAAUGACAGAUCGUCUCUUCAAUAUACUGAUUUUAUCAUAAACACUUGUAUUUAUUGCAAGUACUUGUUGAUUUAUUUUACGAAAAUAGAAUGUUAUUCAUAUCAAUUCAUUUUUCAUCAUGUUUGUAUAGAUAUUAGGUAACGAGUCUCAGAAACAUUAAUACAAUAUCCUUUAUCGAACUGGAGAAGACAAAAAAAAAGAAGUUAUAUAGAAACAUUACCGGAGAAAGGUAGAAUAUUACUGAAAAUCAUAAAGGUUUAUAUGGAGGAAGUAAGGGUCGUUUUGUUUGAUUUGUACAUGUAGAAAUUCUAAGGUCUAUCUGAAAACCUAAGAAGCACACACAUUUAUUUAUUUGAAUACGCAACUGUGUGGAAUUAAAAUCAUAUAAUUACAAUCAUGCAUUUUAUUCAUUCUAAAGCAUUGCACAUAGUUGUACAUAGAUUCAGGGCAACACGUAUUUUUUGUCAUUUGUUAAGUCAUGUGCCCUGUUCUUUUCUUCCUUUUUAUAAAACGUAAAGUGUAAAUAUUUUGAAAAUUUUUUAACACCUGUUUCCAUUGUGCUCCUAACUUAUGGUCAUCAUCACUCAUGAAUCCUUAAUUUAUUCAUUUAAAUAUAAUUGAUGAUCGUUUUCUGUUUAAAGAAUUGUGACAUUUAUAGAAAAAAAACUUUUUUCAAAUGAUGGAAAAUGAUCAUUCAUUUACAGGAAAGCCAGGUAUCAAGAACAUACUAACUAACAAUUAUUUUUGUGUUGUAAAUUGUUGAACAAUGCUGAAAAAAAAUCUUUAUCUCCCCUUUCAAAAAACGAGGAAUUCCUAAGAUUCUUAAUUUUUUUCAUUUACAUCUCUGUAAUAUAUGUCAGUAAUUCUGCCAUAACUCAAAUGAAUUAUGAUGAUUUAUUUCAUUUAAAUAUCAGAUAUAGAGUUCAGGAAAAGGUCAUCGAACUUGAUUUUUAACAUAAGUGGAAAAUCGACUUAAUCUUAUCAGUUUGUACGUAUAAUGUGUCGUACUGACGUGUUUAAUCGCCUCUCUAUGAUUACUAUUAAAGUGAUAUGAGACAAGUUUACAGAAGGUUAAGAAUUAUACAAGCAUAUCACGUGUCUAACGGUUACUAGAUGUUUAUUUGAUAAUGUUCUUUUGCAGUUUUUUUAUGUAUACAGGAUUGAUACAAUUUUGAUGAACCUGACAUUUAUAUACAUAAAGAUAAAUAUGAUGUUGUACAGGUUUUUACAAUUCAAGCUCUAACUUUUUAUUGAAUGGAUUUUAAAAAUAAUCAAAUGAAUUUUCAGAUUAGAUUCCAAAAAACAUAAAUGAACACUCUCAAUUUUCUUUAAAAAUAAUUUUAAUUUCUAAUAUUUUAUUUAAAAUAACUCACUUAAUUGUCAACUUCCAUCCAAGAUCUAAGAAUUGGCCAUAAUUAAUCUUGGUCUGCAUUUUGUACCCUCAGUGCUAAAAUCAAGAAAAAUGUAGGCAACCUUUGCCAUCUUUUAAAUUAUUAUAUUUAGAUAUAUUUUUCUAUUCUUUGGAAUUAUCAAUUAUGUUUUAUAUGUUUGUAUUUCAUUAUCAAAUCUCUGUUUUAAUUGAGCAUUUUUAUAUGCACUGUUCAUCCUCAUAUUUGUAUACUAGUAAUAUAAGCACUGUAAGUUUAACAUACAGGGUAUUUUUUGAUAUA